AUGGCACAUACGGCCAAGUUGUUCACCUUUUGGCUUGGACCGAUUCCGGCCGUUUGCAGCAGCGAUCCGGAAAUGGUGCAGCAGAUUCUAACCCAUCCGGAUUGUAUGGAGAAGCCGUUUAUGUAUGAUUUUGUGAAGCUGGAUCACGGAAUGUUUGCCGCUAAGUAUCACAUCUGGAAGGUUCAAAGGAAGCGUUACAAUCCAACUUUCAAUCAGAAGAUCCUUCAAGGCUAUGUACCAAUUUUCGAAGAGCGCUGCCAGGCGCUUGUUGACAAACUGAGAACCAAAGCAGCCUCCGGUGCAAGCUUUCCACUUUCCCCACACAUGCUCCGAUGCGCCAUGGAAAUGGUCUGCGCCACGACGAUGGGCGUCGAUAUCAAUCAAAAUCCCGGUGCCGAUCGACUCGUUCAUCUGAUGCAAACCUUGCAGAGCAAGUUCUUCGGUUUCGAGAACUUAAGCACCUCACCGUUGAGUAGAUUGUUGGCAUUCAGCGCUGUCGAUCCGGUAUUCAUGUUUUCGCCGGUUAGCAGCACAGUUACUGUCACUGUCAUCAAUCCCGGCUGCUAUUACCGAUCCAUUACAUCUACCUCUUUCUGCUCCACGUUCAUGGAGGGUAAACUAUCAGUCGAUUCGCCUUGCCAGGUCUUCAAAGAGUGUUUGAAUCGGAAGGAGAAGGAAAACGAACAGUUCACCAACAAUAAUAAUGACUACGAAAGCGAUGGUUAUCGGAGGCCUCAGACUUUUAUCAACGAACUGUUGGACCUUUUUCAGAGCAAACAGAUUGAUGAAAUAGAAAUUCUGCAUAAUAUAUACACCAUGGUGGUUGCGGGGAGUGACACAUCCGGAGGUCAAAUGGCAUUACUGGUAAUGAUGUUGGGAUUCCAUCCAGAUCUUCAGGAAAAAGUCUACCAAGAAGUCAUCGAAGUUUUCCCUCCAGGUGUCAAACUCGAAAUUACUUUCGAGUCACUUCGAAGGCUAGAAUACACCGAAAUGUUCAUCAAAGAAGUUCUUCGGCUCUAUCCAAUCGCACCGAAUAUUAUGCGAUGCUCCUUGAAGGAUGUCCAGCUAAUGGAAGGAUUGACGGUACCGAAGGAUACAAUAUUCAUCUUUAACAUUUACAAUCUUCAUCGAAGACCCGAUAUUUGGGGACCGGAUGCUGAACAAUUUGAUCCGGAACGAUUUUCACCGGAACGUUCGGCUGGAAGACAUCCAUUUGCAUUCCUUCCGUUUAGUGGUGGCGGCAGAAAUUGCAUUGGACAUCUGUGA